AUGUUGCCAUCAUUCAACAACAACAACAACAACAAUAAUUCUUCCUCCGCCUCCUCAAGAGUGCCUCAAGAGUCCUCCUCGCUCUCCUCAUCCACCAGCUCUACACACUCAUUCCCAUCUUUUAUACAACCACAACAACAACAACAAUCACAAUUCCAGGAUAUAUUGGAUGAUGACCAAGAGUUCUCAGACAAUGAAUAUGAGAACAUGUCACCAAAGGAGGACAAUGCAAACUCACCCUCAAAGAAAAGAGCAAGGGGACCCAUCCAGAAUGGUAUAAGACGCUCACCAAACAAAUGGACCAAGGAGGAGAAUAAGAGACUGUUUGAGCUGGUCAACCUUUAUGGAGAGAAGAAGUGGAAGAGGAUAUCCGCAGAGAUGGGCAGCCAGAAGACUGGCGCACAGUGCGCCCAACACUGGAAGCGUGUGCUCUCACCUGAUAUCCGCAAGGGUCCUUGGGACGAGGACGAGGAGGAGCUGCUCCUGCGCCUGGUCAACCAGCAUGGGUCGUCCUGGAAGAAGAUCGCCAAGCGCAUCUGCAAGCGCACCGAUAUCCAGUGUCGCUACCAAUAUCUAAAGGCGCUGCAGUCUCGCGAGGUGCCCUGGAUAGCCAAGGAGGACGAGGCCCUGAUGAAGAAGGUGCAGGAGCUCGACCAGAGCCUCACCUGGCUCGAGGUGUCCGAGUCACCAGCUCAUCGCCCACGCUGA